CAGCCUCAAUCGCCCUCCGUUCAGUUUGUCCCUCCGCGGCCUCCGUCGUGCAGCCGGGUUGAAGCCGGAAGUGGUAUUUUGAAUGUUCGGCGCGUUUUAAUCUAAACUUCAUCAGUUCAGUUCAGUUUGUGAAACAGUGAAAGAAAACGCAGAAUGGCCUCCCCCACCUCAUGCAGCGACGAGGGCGCAUUCAAGACCCCUAAAAACGUCCGAGUGAAGAGCGUUGGAAGCGGCGGAGGGACCCCGAUCACCAUCCCGGCCUCACCUUUCAUGAAGAAGUUGGGCUGUGGGACUGGAGUCAACGUUUACCUCAUGAACAGAAUGGGAAAGUUGAAUGCCUCUCCCUGGGCUGUGAAGAAGAUCAACAGCAGGUGUGCAUCCGGACAGACGGCGGUUUACCAGAAGCGCCUGAACGAGGAGGCGGAGGUCCUGAAGGGAAUCAAUCAUCCAAACAUUGUUGGGUUUCGUGCCUUCACCACGGCCAAAGAUGGAUCAAAGUGUCUGGCGAUGGAGUACGGAGGAGAGCAGUCCCUCAAUGACCUGAUAGAGAAGAGGAGAGAGGACGGCCUGAAAGCGUUCCCCGCUGCCAACAUAGAAAAAGUAGCGCUGCAUGUUGCUCGUGGCCUUCAGUAUCUCCACAAUGAGAAGAAGCUGCUGCACGGCGACAUGAAGUCGUGUAACGUUGUCAUCAAGGGCGACUUUGAGACCGUUAAGAUCUGCGACGUCGGUGUGUCUCUGCAGCUGGACGAGAACAUGAGAGUGUCAGACCCAAAGGCGGAGUACAUCGGCACAGAGCCGUGGAAACCAAAGGAAGCUCUGGAGGAGGACGGAGAAAUCACCGACAAGGCUGAUAUCUUCGCCUACGGUCUGACUCUGUGGGAGAUGAUUACGCUGGCCAUGCCUCAUCUGGAGAUGCUGGAGGAUGAUGACAACGAUGAGGAAGAGGAUGAAGAGAACUCUAUGGAGGAGAGUUUUGACGAGGACGCCUACUAUGAGAGGUUGGGGACAAGGCCGGUGCUGGAUGUCAAGGCUCUGGGCAGCUCGUACCGGAGGACGGUGGAGCUUUUCUGUCUCUGCACAGAGGAGGACCCGAGGAAGAGACCCUCUGCCGCCCAGAUCGUCCAGGCUUUAGAGAGCAAUGCCCCGCUGGAUUUAAUGCCUAGUGAGGUGAUUGUUAUCGACUGAUUUCUACAAAUAAUUCAGCAUUCUGAUCUUAGAAUAAGCUAAUUGUUAAUGACUGGCUGAAGGGGAUUUAUAUUAGAGGGAUAAACUGAUAGGGGAUUGAGGUUCUGACCAUAUAUUCACUAGUUUGCUUGGGGUUUUUUGUAUUAAUUUAGAAGCUCCAGGACACCCAAUUUUGACGUAGAAAUACGUCACUGGUCAAAGUAUCGGUUGCCUUUGACAAAUCACGAUAAGCUUUUGUAGCUCAUUGUAAUUUCUAUACUGUCCAUCUUUAUCUGUUGACACUUUAAAUAGCAAUUAGUCUGUCAUUUAUUUGUAUGUUGUCUUUGCUGUACAGUAUUCUUUUUUUCUUCUAUGUACGUCAACUUUUAGUGUAAGUGUUCAAGUUCUCGUGUGUGUUUGCUUCUGCACCUCUAUAAACUUUGAUAUUUUCUUGAUAAAACUCUAGCGCUGUCCUGUGUUAAUAUUUUACCUUUUUAAUACAUUGCAUAUAUUC